CCGGCAGCCGUUCGCCUUCCCCUGCGAUCGCUGCCGCUUCUCGCGUCGCUCGGCUUCGCCGCUUUAAUAUCCCGCGCGUUGCGCGCUUUCGGACAGUUUCGGACGCAUUCGGAGAGUUUCGUACGUUUUCGGCGACUUUCGGACGCUGUCCGAGGCUCUUUCGCCCACUGACCAUGGAAACAGUGGUCGCUUCUCUGCAAACUGAAAUCAUGCCAGCAGUGCCCCAGGUUUCUUCCCCCAUACAGGUCUCAGCCAGCAACGGCCCCAGCGGAAGGAGAGUGCCAUCUGUAAGAAUGGUACAGCUGCCCACUUGUCCAGCGGAUCAUGGAGUUUUCCAGGCAUCGCAACCCCCGGUUAUUCAGUUGCACUGCGCUCAGACAUACCAGGAAGCAGGAACAAUUGCAUCACUGGAUGGAGAAUCAGUGAGGGAUAUCGAACCUACGAAACACAGCCAGAAGAAAAGGGAAGGUGUCUUCAGGAGCGCGGCCUACAAAGGCAUUCACAAUGAGCUGGCGUUCGACACGCAAACCUUUCCCAAAGACGACGAGGACGCCGGCGCCAGUAUCCCGUUGAUGCAGACGCCCUCUGCUUUCCAGGGACACUCAAACCAGUACGGAAUGGCCGUGCCAGGGCCCGCCGUGCUGGACUACGCGGGAAACGUGAACCAGCCGUUCUUCAUUCCAGGGAACAGCAUGCUGGUGCACGCUGCGGCGGGCGACAUGUCGGCCUAUCAGAUCCACAGCCCCACGUCCAGCCUGCCGCAGGGGGUCGUCAUGGCCGUGUCGCCGGGGCCCCUGCACGGCUCGCAGCAGCUCGCGGAGGAGGCCACCCGCAAGAGGGAGCUGCGGCUCAUGAAAAACAGGGAAGCGGCGCGGGAGUGCCGCAGAAAGAAGAAGGAAUACGUGAAAUGUCUCGAAAACCGGGUGGCUGUGCUCGAAAACCAGAACAAGACCCUUAUUGAGGAGCUCAAAGUGCUGAAAGACCUCUACUGCCAUAAAGCAGAAUAACAGCGGACUCUUUUUCGGGGGAACAAGAAACUGUUGUAAGCGUCCAAGAGCGAACGCUACCGUUUACCGCAAGGGGUUCGUGCAAAAACCGCUUUCGUUUUGCAGUCCGGACGUUUGGAAGGAUUCAGAAGACUUGAGAAGACAGGUUGAGGCUGUCUGUCCGCCACGCCUACGGCAGGCCCCACCGAGCUCCUGUCCUCCCGCAGCGAGCGGCGUAUGAAUAUCGCGUCUUCGCCUGUGUCGUUCUUGCUUUUUUUUUGGUUCCCAGGGAGGCUGCAAAAGGCUGCCCGUCAACGCGAGCGGGAACGCUCAUCCCGUGCGGAGGAGCGCCCCGCCACCACGGGAGGCCCGCGACGGGCCUUUCUGCAACACGGGCUGUAGAAAGUCCAGCUCCGGGUCCCCGUAACGUGAAUGUGGAGACGUGCAAACAAA